AUGCUGAAAGAAAUAAUUGCUAUUGAACCAAUAUCAGCAACGCAUGAAAAUCUUAAAAAUAUUCCUUUAAUUACAAAAAUAAUUAAUGAAACAGCUGAACAUAUGCCAUUUGAAGAUAAUACAAUCGAUAUAAUUCUAUGUGGACAAUCAUUUCAUUGGUUUGCAAAUUAUCGUACACUUAUUGAAUUAAAUCAUGUAUUAAAAUCAAAUGGUUUACUUAUACUUAUUUGGAAUUUAGCAGAUAAUCGAGAAAGACCAUGA